CCUCACUUGGUUUCACUCCACCUUCUCUGCGCUCCUCUUCUACCAACUCAAUGGAAGAUCCCCGACGUCAGUGGACUCCGCGCCCACGCUUUGUCCUUUAUGAAGGGCCCCAAGUACGCACGCAAGAUGAGCAGAAACCAAUUAUAUCGUUCUGGUACCAAGGGAUUGACAUCUUGGCCGAAGGAUAUUCUGGUAUCAGCGGUCGAGGAGAUCCAUAGAUUUAGGCAAGAUGUUGCUAACAUAGUAGGUAAAUCUCGCCGUCGUUUAGUAAUUUCCACUAAAGUUAGCCAGAAUGCGCGGGAAAACAUUCCAAUACUAUUCUCUACAGAUGCAUUCAGUACAUCUUCUACCCCUGAAGGGUUUAACCCUCCAACUCCGCCCGCAUUUAAUCCUCCGACUCCAGAGCCAAUGGAGCUUCCAUACUCAAUUGACCAGUAG